AUGAACCUCGAGUCGUGGCUCUUUGGGGACGACAGGUCGAGCGACGAGGGGUCGAGUGCUGCUCGACGGUCGCCGUUCCGUGUCGAUCGCCCCAGUUCGGCGUCUCAGGCAUCGGCAGGAGACGUCUCGACGGCCUCAACGGACCGGAGCGCCUUUUCCAAUCCAAUGUUGCCCGUGAGCGCCAAGUUGCGGAAGCUCUUUCGUCCCACGACGCUGCAGUGGAAGCGACCGGGAGGCGCAACGCCGAAGAGUGGGGACACAUCGCAUCGGCAAGCGCAGAUUCGAGACGUGUGUUCGCUCGAGAGCGUCCAGCAGCUCCAGGGCCACGUGCCGUUCACGCUCCAGGAGAUUGUCAAAGACCCGAGGAAGUUGCCGUAUUUGCUGCAGUGGCUCUCGAUCGACACAGAGGCUGAAGACAGUGUCGAGAGGCCGAGCAAUUACCACCAGGUGCUGCUGUUUCUCAUGGAAGUUGAGCAGCUACAGACGGUCAAGGAGAGCAAACGGCGCGAGCAGGCGCACAAGAUCUGGCUCAAGUACAUUGACAAGGCAUCCGAGUUUCAGAUCUCGACGACACUCGAGCUCACUGCGGAGCUCGAGCAGCUCGUGAAGGAAAAGGUGGAUCGGACCGACAAGGUCCACGACAGUUUCUUUCCGAUCCAGAAGCUGGCAUACAUGCGGCUGACGCGCGAAGAGAUGCCGCGAUUUCUCAAGAGCGACGAGUACCUCAAGAUGCUCAUUGACACGGAAGAGGGUACGAGGAGAAUCUCGAUCGAAAAAGUGCUGCAGCAACCGCGAGCAGCGCACUAUUUUCUUCUCUUUCUGAUGCAGACCCGGCAGCAUUUUGAGCUCUACUUUUGGCUACAUGUCGAGUACGUGCUCAAACCAUUGCUAGAAGAAGCGGACGAUGCGCUGUUCUGGCAAUUGGCGCGCGCACUCGUCGACAAGGCGCAGAACGAUUCGCAGGCCAUCACGCUUGCGACCAAAAACGAUUUGUACCUGGCGGUGGCCAGUCGCCGCGGUGACGAGAAACAGCAGCCGCCACAAGCUGUGACCAAAGCGCUUUUCAUCAGAGCGCAGCAAGAGAUCUUUGCGAUGUUGCAAUCCUCGUGUUUUGGCCGGUUCAUCCGAAGCAAUCUGUACAAGGUGGCGCUGCAGGACGCACUGAUCCACUUCGACCUCGUGGAGAAGCCCGAACACGAUAUAGCUAGGAAGGCGUUGUCUCGAGCCUUUUCUUCUGCGGAGUACUCCAAGGUACGCACGGAUGCUGGCAGGACCGACGCACCAGUGGGCAACGUGGAAAGCGACGAUGGCGUGAUGGAACAAGAAGACAAGGAGGAGCAUCUCGGCAGUACGCCGACUGUAGCAGACGACUUGGAUCACGCGAGUGCGAAAAGCAGCGAAGGAGAGAGUCGAAGUGAUGCCGAGGAAAGUGGUGGCCGCACCUUUGACGAAGUUGAGCUGAACCUCGAGAGCAUCAUACGACUGACGAACUUGCCCGAAGGCCUUCAAGUGCACUACCGGCCAAAUUACGAGUCGCCGAGCGCAAGUGCGCCAAAUUUGAAGGAGGGCGACAGCGGGAUCGAUGCUAUACUGACGUUUGCGACAUUUGUAGAGAAACAGGAGGAGGGAAAUGCCGCUGCGACGUUGAUGCUCAUGCCUGUCUCGAACCCAAGCACGGAUGGAGUCUAUAGUGACGAGUGGAUGGAUGACGUUUCAAGACGCAUCAAGACAUUUCUCGUGCCGAGCGGUCGAAUUCUCAUCGAUGGAUCAGGAGGUGAAAAGUGUCCGGCUGAUGCAUUGUUUUCGUUUCAGCAAAGCGGCCGGGAUGGGUUUCUGUUCGGCUCAGUCUACUUGACAUACGAACUAAUGCAUGUAGGGUCGUUGAACGACGAGAUCUACGUUGCGAAGGGCUUCUGCUUGCUUUCCCACCUACCGCUCGUGAACUCUUUGAGAAGGUUGAUGGAAGAACACGUGCAAGCGGCACCGGAUCGGUCCAGCCUUUUGGCACACGACUGCUUGGCAUUAUUGUUCCAAAGCAGCCUCAAGUGGAAACACACGACAAUCACUAGCGCCAGGACUCACACGUAUGUGCACCCGGACAUGCGGCGUCUAGCGCAUCGGCAGUACAGCAGCAUUCCGGGCCCGCCUUUGACUUCGCUGGAAACUCAGGUGGACGUUCCAAUGAAGAUCCUCUUCGAGCAGUUUGGUACUGCCCUCGUUCUCCAGAUCCUCGCCAGCGCUGUACUUGAGUGCAGCGUCGUCGUGGUGGCAAGUCAGUAUUCGUUGCUGACAAUGUGUGCCGAAGCUAUCCGCAACUUGCUUCGACCGUUCUCGUGGUGUCACGUGUACGCGCCUGUGCUGCCAAAGCCAUUGCUCUCGUAUCUGCAGUGUCCGACGCCGAUUCUUGUGGGCGUACACAGCUCGUUCGCAUUGCGAUCCGACCUGCCAACACGUGGCCUAUACCUUGUCGCUGACGUCGACCGCAAGGUCGUGGAAUACGUUGGUAGUGAGUCGGUGUCUUGGCGCGGCGUGGGUCUGCUAAAUGACGUCGAAGAGAAUACGAUCUUUUUGCCCAGGUGCUUUGAAGCGGCGAAGCACGAGCUGGACAGGUUGCUGUUCCCAAGCGCAUUGAUGUACGAUUCGAUAGGCGGGUGCGACAACGUGCCACCCGACGCAACAGACAGUCGCUUGCCUUGCAAAGUGUCUCCGGAAACGGAAGCCGAGCAAGACGAGCAGUUGCGUGGCAUUUGCUUUGACUUGUUCUCCGAGCUGUUGAGUGGUCACACGAACGCUUGUCUUGUGGUAGGUGACACGAAGGAGUCGGUAGUCAUCUUUGACGAAACCGAGUUUCUCGCUGCUCGUGCUGAGGAGGACUUGCCAUUUUACCAAUCGCUGUUGCGCACUCAGUGCUUCUCGGAAAUCGUGAGCGCACACCGGAUAAACAUGAGCCCAAGAGAGAGAGACUCUGAAGUUUUGAGUGCAGACGAUGAUCUGCAGGAAGGCAUAAUUUAA